AUGCUCGCCAUAAGAAGGAUACCGAGUCGUCUUGCACCUCUGACGAGACGUAAUAACUCUACCGCAAGGCUCCUUCCACAAACGCUGCGGGCUCAAUGUCACAGACCACAAGUAGCGCUGAACCCAGAUGUCGCCAAAGCCAUAAACAACAACAUCUUGUCCCUAGAUCAGCCAAAUAAUCUCCGGAGAGUAGCCAAGAACAAUUUCCUUAGGUUACAAACCGAGAACUUACAUAGGGCCCCCUUUACUUCCCUAGAGGUGGAUGCUCAUAUUGCAUCCAUCUUCGUGCAGAAUUAUGCAAGUGUAUAUCAGACUUUAAUGGAGUUGAAGAAGAGAAUGUCCAGUAGGGGCAAGGUAUGGAUGCCUGAUAAGGUACUGGAUGUCGGUUUUGGACCGGCUACUGGGAUUGUGGCUCUUAAUGAUAUAUUUCAAGAUGUUGAAUUCAAACCAAGAUUAAAGGAUGCCGUUAUACUGGGAUCAUUGGAUAUGCAAAGAAAGGCCAAGAUUAUAUUGAGUAGACAACGUCAUGAGGUAGUCGAUGCCAAGGACGACGAAGAUUCGAUACCGAGGGAGGAAAUUGUGGAUGAAGUGGAUGUCGCAGCGGCUGCAGAUCAAGAUGAUCUGAUAGGUGAAGUGAUGACGAAGAAAAUCAAAACGGUGACUCGACUUAGUGGUCGUCUCCCCGUUAAGAAUAAGUACGAUUUGAUUAUUGUGACGCAACAAUUACUGCAACAUGAAAGUAAAUUCAAUACUCAAGUGGAUGAAAACCUUGAAAAAUUCUUGAAAUUAUUGGCUCCAGGUGGGCACAUUGUCAUAAUUGAACGUGGGAACCCUCUAGGAUUUGAAAUAGUGGCAAAGGCGAGACAAAUCAUGAUAAGACCUGAGAACUAUCCUGAUGAACAUGGGAAGAUACCAAGACCAUGGUUAAGAGGAGUGCAGAUGGAAAAUAGUGAGGCACCAACUCCAAUGGAACAUAAUUACUAUCUCAAUAUAGUGGCACCUUGCCCACAUCAUAGGAAAUGUCCGUUACAAACAGGUAAUCCCCAUUUCUAUAGUUUUAAAGAGGGUAAAGAUUUGAAAACGUGUACUUUCCAGAAGUCUAUAGAGAGACCGAAAUUUAAUAUGGAGUUGAAAAGAGGGAAACUUUUGGCCACUGAAUGGAACGAUGAGGAAGGUGCUAGACCGAGCAGAGAUCUAAGGGGUACAGGGAGACCUAAUGGAAGAAAUUAUGAAAUUGUCAACUAUUCGUAUUUAAUUGCAGAGAGAUCACUGGCUGAUAAGGAAACAAUUUCCAAAAUUGAACAAAUGAGAGAAGAACAACUACAUAAUUUUGAAAUAGGAUCCCUUGGUGAUAAUACCCCAGAUACAUGGCCAAGAAUUAUUUCACAGCCUAUUAAGAGGAAAGGGCAUGUCAUCUUGGAUUUAUGUGCACCUUCAGGAAAGUUAGAAAAAUGGACUAUUCCUAAAUCCUUCUCGAAGGAGAUUUAUCAUGAUGCCAGGAAGGCAAUGAAGGGUGAUCUUUGGGGAUUAGAUGCUAAGACGAAAAUAAAGGGAAGAGGAAGCUUAAAUGUUACCAAAUUUGAGAAUUUGGAAAAGGAAAGAAUAAAGCAAACGAAGAAGGAGAGUAGAGUAAAGGAAAGGGAACUGGCUGAAACAUUUAAUCAAUUAUCUAAUGAUGAACUGGAAAUUGAUGAGCAGAGUGUUGAAAAGAUUGAAACACUAUCCACUAUUUAUGGUCAUUACUACGAGGACGCUGAAAAGAAAGGCAAUUGA